AAAUCUAUAUCUAAUUUAUUUUGUUUAUUAUGUUUGUUAAAUGCUUUUGUAUUGAAGUAACUAUUUUUAGAUUGUAAAAAAAUUAGAUAUUAAAAAGGGUAAUCUCGUGUUUGGUUCAGGGCCGAGCAACUUAUCAUGGCGGAGGAAGAAAUGUUCCAUGUUUUUAGGCAUGUAUCAUCAGUUUCAGUGGUACUGUCUAGCUAAGUAGUAAAGAUCAGAUAAUUUCUAGAGCUAGCAUUGCUUGGUUGGUUGAUUUAUUUCUUUGUAAUUCUGCCAGUGACUUCGAUAGGUAACUACAGUGCUUCGUUCAACCCAUCUGACAAUAAUAAAAUUUCUGAAGCUAAUAAUUAAUUAAGCUAAUAAUUAUUUUGCAUUAAUUCAUUGAUAUAACCUAGAAAUAUUGCAUUAUUUUUAUCAAUUUCAAGAAAUGUGGUAACUCGGCAGAGUAAUGGCAACACUCUUCCAUCCUGGAUGGAAAUGAUCUAGUUCAGCAGAUGUGAGAAAAAUCUAAAAAACAUGAGCGAAGAAAAAUGUUUAGCAAGUGAUUGCAGAGUUAUUAUCAAACCCUGUACAGACGCAAAUGGUUCCCAGGUGACUGGAAAGCGAAAAUAUGUCCAAAAUGAACAUGCUAACGAACAAUAUGAGAUUGAUUCCAAUAAGACAAGAAAAGUUAUAUUAAAAAAACUUGGGGAUAAGUUAAUUGCUAUUGUUUGCAAUAAAGAAAAAUCUACUGUUGCAGCUGAACCUGCACAAGAGCAAAUUGUCAACACUUCUGCCACCGGGCUUACAGAUGUAUCUUCAGCUUCAUCAUAUGCUUUUUCAUCAUAUGGCAAAAGCCCGAUCAAGAAGAUGCCAUGUCAUCCAAAUGGGGUGUGGUUAGGAAAUACAAACUGCACACCACAGUCAAAGUUGACUUUGCCAAAAAAUUUAAGCCCUGGUAUUACAUCAUCACCAAUAACUAAUAAUCUGCAUAUUUCAACAAAUCUUUUUCAGGAUAUAGAUAGUAUGAAUGAUACUGCAGAGGAGAGUCAGGAAUUGAAUAACUCACACGGCAAAUCUGAAGGGAUUGAAAUAAACUCUAGCUGUGUACCACACAGUAGUUCAUCAAUGAACCAGACACUGCAGCAAUCAGGCUCAGAUUCAGUACAUAAUACAGAUACAAUCUCCUCACAAGGUCUUGUUUUGACCAACAUAGCACCAUGUCCAAUGGCAGCAUCAAUCACAUCAAUGUUUGCAGCCCCUCAGCAUGAAAGAACUGAAGAUGAUGAGGAUAAUGUUGAUGUUGGGAAUGAUGAUGAAGAGGAGGAGGAGGAUAAAAAUGCUGCUGCUUUAUUUCAUGUUGCUGAGAGUUUGUUAUUGCUUAAAGAAUCAAGUAGUCCAUGGAAAUUUUGCGUUUCGUGUAAACAAGCAGUGAAUGGAUACUGUACUAUCCAUGGAAAUCCUAUGGACAGUCUGCCAAAAACAAAAGCUGUUCUAUCUCUCCCAAGUUCUAUGUCUAUUCAGACUAGCUCUAUACCUCAUGCCGGACUGGGAGUGUUUGCCUUGACAACAUUUGAGGUUGGUUCUUUGUUUGGACCCAUGGAUGGUGAAAAGUUGUCAGCUAGGGACCAUGCACAGAGAGGAAAUAAUCCAUAUGUUUGGGAAGUUUAUGAAGAAAAUCGCAAAUCUAUUUCUCAUUUUCUUGAUUGUAUGGAUGAAGGGAAAAGUAACUGGAUGCGUUUCAUAAAUUGUGCACGUUUCGAAGAAGAACAAAAUCUGAUUGCUGAGCAAUACGACAAACUGCUGUUUUACAAGACCUACAAAAAAGUUCUGCCAGGACAGGAACUGCUUGUCUGGUAUGGAAAUGCAUAUGGACGUGAGUUACGUGAACAGUUUCAGUGUCCCAUAAAAACAUUACCUAUCGAAGGCGAUGUUUAUUACGGAGCUAUAGAAAGUAAUAAAGAGAUUGACUGUCAAUCAGAAAGUAUAUCUGGAGAAAUGGAACUUGGAAAAUGGAAGCUAAGACAAAGCUACGUCAAAACUGGAGUAACAGAAAGUGAAUGUGAUAACACAGAGAUAGGUAAGUUGAAUUUCACCUGUAAGUCAUGCGGAGCUAUGUUUGACUCCCUAUAUUACCUACAACGACACAACCAGUUUGUUUGUCCGGCAUCAUCAAAAGUCCGAUGUUAUGUCUGUUCGAAGCGUUUCAACAGCGUGUAUUCGUUAGAAAGACACAAAAAGAGAGGUCACGACAUUCAAAAACAAUUUUCUUGCUUACUGUGUUCAGCUGCUUUUACGUCGAAGGGUAACUUGAGAGUACACGUCAAUACUCAUUUGAAUGUUAAAGAACACAGGUGUGAAUAUUGCGGGAUGAAAUUCUCGAGAAGUACGUUUUUACGAAGUCACGUGUUAGCAGUGCACCAGAAAGAAAAACCGUACGUUUGUCCCACAUGUGGUCGAAAGUUUAGUCGAUCAGACUCGUUGAAUCGUCAUCGAAACAUCCAUAAGAAAGCAAAAAACAUAUUGUGUGAAGUAUGCGGGGCGAGAUUCAAUUCAAACGAUUCGUUGAGACAUCAUAUGAGGACACUUCACAGUGCAGAUGCUGAGAUGACUAGAGGUGAAUGUAGUGAGUGUGGAAUAGUGUAUGAUGAUAUUACAACACACGAAGCGUAUGUCCAUCAAAUUAAGAAAAAAGCGAAAUGUACUGUGUGUUCAAAAGAAGUUGUCAAUCUGUUAUCGCAUAUGACGUCGCACAAAACAGCUGGUUUUACGCAAUGUCCAUUGUGUGGUCUGUAUUUUAUGCGUCUUAAUGGACAUAUGAAGAUACAUUAUAACAUGGAGGAAAAAGAGAAGGAUUUGGUGUUUUAGACGCAUACGUGACGCAUACGUGAUGAACAUGGUUCUGAAAAUUUCUAGAAUAUUCUGGAAUUUUUUCCUGAUAAAGUUUAAAAAAUAUAAAGAUGGCAAAAGGAAUAAGACACAAUAAAGUGAAGACUGCUUCCCAAAAACGUUUUAACCGGUUAAAACGCGUGCAGAAUAAACAAAAGAAAAAACUGUCGACUGCAAAGAAGAAACAAAUGAUAGAUGGAAUUUCUCAAUCAAGUACGGAAAACACAAAGAGUUUAUCUAGUCGACAGAAGAAGAUUCUGGUAAGAGAGUUGAGGCGGGUUGAAAAAGAGAAAACAAAAAUGGAAGUAUCAACUGAGAAUAACACACCGUCCAAUUUAAAACCGUCUAAAUCGAAACCGAAAAAUGAUUCCAUGGAAGUAGAUGCGUCGUAGUCGGACCGUCACUGUACGCCGCAUACCAAUCUCGUAUAUGUGCAUCAUUUUGUUCACACCAUGAUGAUAUAAUGAACUUACCCGUUUGUGUAGAAGGAAGAUUAUAUUUAUAGA